AACAUAAUGACCCAUAAUGGUUGCAAAAUACUUGGUGGGUCCCAUAUGAAGCACGCUAGAAACCUAAUUAACGAUUGUUUAUCCCAUGAUCAUGAUAUCCCUAACACAAAAUUGUUCCCUCACUCACGCUUAUAUACUAUCAAUGAUCCCUCUUCCAUAUCCCUAAAAACCAACACACAUUUUCCUUAGCUCCAACAUUAAUAAUGGAGCUAAUGUUUAUUAUAUGGUCAAUGUUUUUAUGUGUUUUGGUUGUAACACCCCAUUGUGGCAAAGCAACUAAAGACAUUUUCAUAUUGGCAGGACAAAGCAACAUGGCUGGUCGAGGAGGUGUUUUAAAUGGAAAAUGGGAUGGUAAUAUCCCACCGGAAUGCAAACCAAACCCAUCAAUUUUAAAGCUAAAUACAAAACUCAAAUGGGAGGAAGCUCAUGAGCCUCUUCAUGCAGAUAUAGAUGUAGGAAAAACUUGUGGUAUUGGUCCCGGGCUUGCUUUUGCAAAUGAAGUUGUUAGAAUGAGUGGUGGUGAAUGUGUUGUGGGUCUUGUUCCUUGUGCAGUUGGUGGGACGAGAAUUGAAGAGUGGAGAAAUGGAUCACAUUUGUAUAAUGAAUUGGUGAGAAGAUCUAUUGAAUCGGUUAAGGAUGGUGAUGGUGUAAUUAGAGCAGUUUUAUGGUAUCAAGGUGAGAGUGAUACUGUAAGAGAAGAAGAUGCUGAAAGGUAUAAAUAUAGAAUGGAGAAUUUAAUUGAGAAUCUUAGGUUAGAUCUUCAACUUCCAUCUCUUCUUGUUAUUCAGGUAGCACUUGCAUCAGGGGAAGGCAAGUUUAUUGAGAAAGUGAGACAUGCUCAAUUGGGUAUCAAACUUCCAAAUGUCAAAUGUGUUGAUGCCAAGGGAUUGCAUCUCAAGACAGAUAAACUUCACCUUACCACAAUGUCUGAGGUUCAUUUGGGCAUCAAGUUAGCACAUGCCUAUUUCGCUUCCAACAACCAUCAUUUUAAUUAUACACAAGUUAGCUAGUUAAUUAUGCAUUUACAUGACAAACUAAGUAGGUAGAUAAAUGAUCACACAUUUGUCACAGUCGCACAAUUCGGAUCAUCAGAUUAAGAUCGAAUAACUCACAUUUUGAUUUGGUAAAUUGGAUUUGAUACCAAGAGUGUAUGUUAUAUUUAUUUGAUAACUUUUGAACAACGUGUAGCGCUGAAUGGUUUACUCCAUUCCUCAUUAUGUAUAUUCAAUUUAUUUAUUUAUUAACAACAUUUAUACAAGUAUAA